AUGGCAUCAAACACAGUAGUAGCGCAAGACCCGCUACCAAAAGAGGUCGUCAUCCUCCUAGCCAUCCUUGGCGCAGCCGUGGCCACGAUGCUUGGAUAUGCCGUCCAUCGCACACUGUACGCACAACAGUACAGAGACCGAGGUGACUCCAACACGCCUGGGGAUCAGCAGACAGGCUAUAUGAGGGAGGUGAGGGAGAGGAACCUGCAGGAUAUGGAUCCUGGGAGACGGAAGGAGCGAAGGAUGAGGGGUCCUGUUAGGGGAAGGGGCGAUGGUGGAUUCAAUGAUGGGGAUGAUUGGGGGAGGGAGGAGUAUUGA